AUGUAAUACACAUAGACUCAGUUAGAAACGAGCCUAACAAGUUUUAGGGAUUUAAAAAACAACUUAAAAGAGGAAUUUUAAGAUUAUUUACUAUAAAGUAAUGUGAAGGACUAAGAGACUCCAAAUAAUUUUGGAAUUAUAUUAAAGGAGUUAAAAAAUAAAAAUCAAUAAAAGCAAAAGCAACUAGCCUCAUACUCUCUACCUGAUUUUUCAUAAGCAUCUACUUAUUCAUAAAAUGUAAAUGAUGAUAGCAUUACUUUAGUAUUAAUUUUCAUAAUCUUCAAAUGAAACAGAAAGAUUAACAAAAGAGUUAGAAGUUCAGAAAUCCUUAAUUUAAAGUGAAGUAGAACUUAAAAAGUCUAUCAAUUGUAUUAAAAAGCAAAUUUACCCUUUACAAGAUUAUACAAAUUAAUUGUCUCUAUAAUAAAAGUAGGCUGAAACUGAAUGUAAAACAUCUGAAACUGAAUCUGUAUGAAUACAUAUUAAAUUAGAAAGAAUAGAAUUAAAAAAACUAUUUGUGAACUUUAAUCUUAAAUUGCUAGAUUAAAGUUUUAGAGAUAAUAAUAUCGUGAUUUUGUUUAUGAGCAAAGUCUCAAAGUUGAAUAAAAUUUAAAAUAAGAAUAAAGCAUCUUUGAACAAUAAAAUGAUGCAGUUGAAAAUUUAGUAUAAACUAUAGCAAAUUAAAAAGCUUAAAUUGAAGUAUUAAUAAAAUAAUAAUUUGAAAAAAUGGAAAAGAGUGAUCAAUAAAGAAUAACAAUAUAAAAUUAUUUAACAUUAACAAAACUAUAUGAAUUUUGUACUAAUUCGAUUGAAUAAUUAUUUAUGAACGAUAAUACUUAAGGAAUUAGUAGUGAAUCUGAAUCUUCAGGUAGAAUUGAUACUGAAUAAGAAGAUUCAGUGAUAACAAACAAUAAUUUUUUUUAAACUCAAGUUCAAACAGCAUCUUAAUCAAGAUCUAAACAACGCAUAUCAUCACCAAAAAAAAAAAGAAAAGAAAAAAAGAAAUUAACAUAUCCUUAAUUGAUGCAAAAGUUUUAGCAAUCAAAAGAAUUGCUUUCUAAAAUUAAAAAUGAUGUUGACAUCAAUAUAAUGGAAUAAUUCAUUUUAAAUCACUAUUAAGAAUAGUCUGAAAUAUAAAGAUAAUUAGCAGAUUAACAUUAAGUUUUAUAAGAUUAAAAAGAUGAGUAUCUACAUGAAAUUUAGAUGCUUAAUGAUAAGGUAAAUUAAUAGUAUAUCAUAGUUAAAUUUAACAGAUGAUGUUCGAGAAAAGUUAGUGAGAUGUUAAGAACCAACAUCUGAAAACUUUAAUUAGAAAAUCUUGACUCAUAAAAUAGCUAAUACAAGUAAUGAGAAUGAGUUACAAAUAAUUAAAUAAACUGAUAAAUUGAUUAAGUUAGAGGCUUUGUUUUUUACUUUAAAUACUAGAGCAAUGUCUCUUUUAAGAAGAAUAUGUUCAAUAUUAUAAAACAUAUAAUAGAUAAGUGAAAAAUUAGAUAAUCGAAUAAUUAAUGUUUAUUAAAAUGCUGUAUUAACUGUGGGUCUAUUAAGGUCAAAAAAUGAGCUGGAUUUAAAUCAAUUUCCUAAAUUAAAAAAACUUUUAAAAGGAAAUAAUCUUACCUUAAUUUACUGUGACUAAUAAGUUUUUUAAGAAUUUUGUGAAAAGUUAGAAAGUUUAACUGACGAAGAAUUAUCUAAUAAUUUUUAAAUAUUGAUUGAAAUGUGUAUGAAUAAAAUAGCUGGUGAAACUUAAUGUAUUUAUGAAUAGAUUUCAACAAUUUGUAAUAGUCUUAAGGUCGAAGUUAAAAGAUUAUGUAAUUAUGGAAGUUUAAGAUCUUUUAGAGAUUUAACAAGCCUGCCAAUAUCUAAUUUAACUAGUAUUUAUAAUGCUCCUACAAUGAGAAAAUUAAAAGAUUAAUCAGACUCAAAAUAAUCAGAAGUAGCAAGCAAGAAAUCGAUUGAGAGGUUCGAGUAAUAUUAUCAAAAUUAUUAGGAAAAAAUCUUUAUUAGCAGAUGAAUUUAAAUUUGUAAUUGAAUAAAAUGAAAAGAGUUUAAAUGAGGAUGAUAUUGAUGAAUUCUAUUACUAAAUUAAAAAAGAAAUAGAAGCAAAACCAUCAACAAAAACAACAAGGAUUGAGACAGCUAAUUUAACAAAAACAACAUUAGUUUAUGAUUAACCUUAAAAAAAUAAAAUGACAGAAUUUUUUAGAUCAAAUUCAAAAUUUUCUUAAUCUUUAAGAAGAAUUCAAUCAUGUAAAGUUUAUAUUAAAUGAUUAGAAGGAUAAUUUAUAGAUGCUUAAUCUAAAAACUUUAAGUUGUUUUUGGAAAAAGAAUAAAAGCAUGUUGAAUUAUUAUCAAGAAUGAAUCGAACAGGUAGUACAUCAGCAUUUUAGCUAACAACGUUGAGACCUAAAUCCUAAGAGAAAACUAGAGUAUAAAAUAUAUUACCAAGAACAAUAAGCACAUCUUAAUAAUAAAGAUAAGGAAGAAAGCAAAUAGUUGCAUAACAACUUGAAAAAGAUAUGAAAAGACUAAAUGAUUAAGUAAGUAGAUUUACAAAACUGAAAUUGAAUUGA